CCGGUACCGAUCCCGAUCCCGGAGCCCCUCCCGGUACCGAUCCCGAUCCCGGAGCCCCUCCCGGUGCCGCUCCCGGUGCCGCGGAGCAGCAGCAGCAGCUGCAGCAGCUGCAACGCUUCAAAGUGAAAUUCCGGAGGAAAUUUAAAGAGCAUCCGGAUCCGGAGAAAGACAGAAAGAAAGAGGAAGGGGAGAAGGAGGAGGAAGAGGAGGAGGAGGCGCGGGAGCGGCGCGGAGCCGGCGGGGAUGGGGGAAUGAAUCCCUGUGGAGGCCGCGCUGGGAAGGAGCCCCAGAGCAGCUGAGAGAGCCCCGAGGAGCAGCUGCCGGAGGAGGGGACGCCCCACUAACUGCACCGGCCUCCCGCCCCUACUAACCAAUGUCAGCAACCCGGGAGCAGCCCAUCUUCAGCACCAGGGCCCACGUGUUCCAGAUCGACCCAGCCACCAAGAGGAACUGGAUCCCGGCCAGCAAACACGCCCUGACCGUCUCCUACUUCUACGAUGCCACCCGCAGCGUCUACAGGAUCAUCAGCGUGGGGGGCACCAAGGCCAUCAUCAACAGCACCAUCACCCCCAACAUGACGUUCACCAAGACCUCGCAGAAGUUCGGGCAGUGGGCUGACAGCAGGGCCAACACGGUGUACGGGCUGGGCUUCGCCUCCGAGCAGCACCUGAGCCAGUUUGCAGAGAAGUUCCAGGAGGUGAAGGAGGCAGCUCGUGUGGCCAGGGAGAAAUGCCAGGACAAAACUGAGCUCACCAACCCUGCCCUGAGCCUCCCUUCCCACCAGGUGCUGCCCAGCCCCAUCAUCAGCUCCAACGGGCCCGGGGAGGACAAGCUGUUCCGCAGCCAGAGCGCGGAUGUGGAGAUCAGCACCGAGAAGGAGAGGCUGAAGAAGAUGCUCUCCGAGGGCUCGGUGAGCGAGGUGCAGUGGGAGGCCGAGUUCUUCAGCCUGCAGGACAACAACUCCAAGCUGGUGGCGGCGCUGCACGAGGCCAACGCCAGCGUGGAGCAGUGGAAGAAGGAGCUGGCGGCCUACCAGGAGGAGACAGAGGCGCUGCGCCAGCGGGUGGCAGAGCUGGAGGCUCAGGGCACCCCCGACUCCUCCAGUGACAACAACAAGGAGGAGCUGAGCCAGAGCCUGGAGGAGCUGGAGCUGCUGCUCAAGGCCAAGGAUGAGGAGAUCCAGCUGCUGAAGAGCCAGAGGUGCGGCCGCUGGGAGGCCGAGGGCGAGCGCGAGGAGACGCUGCAGAAGCUGCAGGAGCUGGAGGCCCGCAACGCGGAGCUGGAGCAGCGGCUGCAGCUGGCAGAGCAGAGCCUGGCAGAGAGCCUGGCACACAGGGACAGGGUGCACCACGAGGUCACCAAGGUGGCCGAGAUCAUGGAUGUGAAGAUCUUCGAGCUCAGCGAGCUCAGGCAGGGCCUGGCCAAGCUGGUGGAGAGCAACUGAGCAGGGCAGAGAGCCCUGGAGAGGGGCAGCUCAGCUGGGGCUGGGCACCACCCACAGAUCCUGGGGGAAACACCGAGAGAGCCUUUGGGUGCCAAGAGAUCCUUUGGGCACCUCAGCUGGGGCUGGGCACCACCCACAGAUCCUGAGGGAAACACCGAGAGAGCCUUUGGGCGCCAGAGAUCCUCUGGGCACCACCGAGAGAUCCUGCAGACACCAAGGAAGAUCCUUUGGACACUGAGAGCUCCUGUGGGCACCACUCAGAGAUCCUGUGGGCACCACCAAGAGAUCCUUGGGCACCCAGAGUUCCUGUGGGCACCCAGAGAUCCUGUGGGCACCACUGAGAGUUCCUGUGGGCACCACCCAGAGUUCCUGUGGGCACCACCCAGAGCUCCCAUGGGCACCCAGCAGCCUCGGCCCUGUCCGGGCAGGAUUUGCCACCCACCAGCAGCUGCCCGGCCAGAGCGGGCACCAGGCUGGGCACUCACUGCCCAGGGAGCCCCUGAACCUCUCCAGGGACAACCUGAACCCCCAAAUCCUCUCCAAGGAGAACCCAAAGUUCUCAAAUCCUCUCCAGGGAGAACCUGAGCUCCCAGUUCUUCUCCAGGGAGUACAGGAACUCCCAAACUUUCUCCAGGGAGCACCUGAACCCUCAAAUCUUCUCCAGGGGGAACCUGAGCCCCUGAACCUUUUUCAGGGAGCACCUGAACCCUCAAAUCCUCUCCAGGGAGCACCUGAAUGCCCAAACCUUCUCCAGGGGGAACCUGAGCCCCCAAAUGUUCUCCAGGGAGCUCCUGAACCUCUCCAGGGAGCAGCUGGACCCCCAAAUCCUCUCCAGGGAGCACCUGAACACCUGAGUCUUCUCCAGGAGCACCUGAACCCCCAAAUCCUCUCCAAGAGGCACCUGAAGUUCUCAAAUCCUCUCCAGGGAGCACCUGAGCCCAGCCCAGGGGUGCCAGCUGUGCCCAGGGGUGCCAGCUGUGCCCAGGGGUGCCACCCCCCUGCCACACCCCACAGCUGCCCCCAGGUUUUUACAUUUUCUAAGGGCCGGGGCCGAGCCCUUUGGGGCUGAUUUUUCUGUCGUUUUUUAGGAACUGUUUGCCUUGGGCAGGUCCUGCCUGCUCCCCUGGCUGGGCACAGCCAGCACUGAGCCUCCUCCUCCUCCUCUUCCUCCAUCCCCAGCCCCUGCACAGCCCAGGGCAGCAGAGAUGGAGGAAAACUCUGGAAAAUUCUGGAUUCCCCCAGAGGAAAUGCUGCAGUUUCACAGCCUGGAUGAGCUGAGCACAGAGGAUUUGAGGAUUUGGGGCCGAACACGGGGAAUCUGGGCCAAGGAACAUCCCUGAGGGCACCAAGGCUGCUGGGUUGGCACCUGUGAGGGUAAUUGAAAUUAAAUGGAGCAAAUCUCA